GCGAUAAAACUCCAGAUAAUGCCAAAAACCAAAUGAGCAUGCGUGCGUGCAAAUGAACAGAUUGUGACAACCCAAAACUAUGAUAGGGAGCAUUGCGCUCCCUCGAAUCCCCGUUUCCUCGUCGACUUUGAUGACCUUCGAAAGGUCGUGGUGCAUGCGGGCCUCUUUGGCAGCGUCGAUAUUAACGGCAUGCGGCGCGCCUCGCCCCUGGAGGCGCGGUCUGUAUGACAAUGGGCUUGCUAUGGUAGAGCAAAGUUUCGGGACAUGGCGUCGACGUCAGUCGUCCGUUUGCCCUUUCUACACCCAGUCAAUGUGGUGUCUCAUCCCCACGCAGAUCGAGUCGGCGACACCACAAGCGAUUGGUCUCCGAUAGUUCGGUGAUACCAAUAACGUAUUAUCUACCCACCCUU